AAAAUCACGAUUUGGACUUCACCACAUUUCAGCAAGGCACUCUGCAAUCUCCAUCACCCAAAUCAACCCUUUAGUCCACGCGUAUGAUCCAAAUCAGAAAUAGCUGACACAAGAAAACAAGAAAAAACAAGCAUUUUGCCCAGCUUUACAGUAGCUGAACAAAAUAGGCUGAAACUCCAACUUGUACACAACUCUCGAUCCCUCCGCCAAACCAACAUACCAAACCUUCAACACUAAGCUCAGCCUUCUUUCGUCCCUCCCCACUUAGUACCCUUUUCUUCCUUUUUGGUAUUCAUCUGAAUUUAGGUACUUUUUCUUUCACAAACCUCUUGCAGCUAAAUUCUGGGAUUCUUCAAGGGUAAAUUAGAUGGGGCCUUAUGUUGCUGGUGUUCUUGUUCCUCUAGUUGUAACUAUUCUCCUUCAGAAUAGAAGAAGGCGGAAAAAGCGAGGCUUGCCUGUUGAUGUUAGUGGUGAAUCUGGUUAUGCUAUCCGAAACCGCCGGUUUAGUGCACCGGUAGAAACAGCGUGGGAAGGAAUCACAACGCUGGCCGAGCUUUUUGAGUAUUCAUGCAAGAAGUACUAUCACAAGAAGUUACUAGGAAGCCGGAAACUGCUUUCCAGAGAGAUGGAAAUAUCUGCGAAUGGAAGGUCAUUUGAGAAACUUCACUUGGGUGAGUAUGAGUGGUUGAGUUAUGGUCAGACAUUUGAGAUUGUGUGCAGCUUCUCCUCCGGUUUGGCACAACUUGGGCACAAAAGAGAAGAACGUGUGGCCAUCUUUGCAGAUACAUGUGAAGAAUGGUUAAUUGCAUUACAGAGUUGCUUCAGACGCAUUGUGACAGUGGUUACUAUUUAUGCAUCUCUUGGUGAAGAGGCCCUCUGUUACUCAUUAAAUCAGACAGAGGUUACUACUGUCAUUUGCGGGCAAAAGGAACUAAAGAAACUUGUAGACAUUAGUGGACAACUUGAUACUGUCAAACGUGUGAUAUGCAUGGAUGAGAUUCCAUCAAGUGCCUUGGUUGCCGCAGGGAGCAACUGGACAUUGACUACCUUUUCUGAUGUGGAGAAGCUUGGCCGAGAAAACCCUGUUGACCCAGAUUUACCUCUUGCAGCUGAUAUUGCUGUGAUCAUGUAUACCAGCGGAAGUACUGGUCUGCCCAAGGGUGUGAUGAUGACACACAGGAACGUUCUAGCUACAGCUUCUGCUGUUCUGACAAUUGUACCCGGUCUUGGAAGCAAAGAUGUUUACUUAGCAUACCUACCGCUUGCUCAUAUUCUCGAACUUGCAGCAGAGACCAUAGUGCCUGGGAUUGGUGGUUCUAUAGGAUAUGGCUCUCCUCUGACUCUUACUGAUACUUCAAAUAAGAUAAAGAAAGGAACUAAAGGAGAUGCCUCUGUGUUAAGGCCGACAGUGAUGGCAGCUGUCCCAGCAAUUCUUGAUCGGGUUCGAGAUGGUGUGCGUAAAAAGGUAGAUGCUUCAGGCGGAUUAUCAAAAAAGCUGUUUGAUUUGGCAUAUUCCCGCAGACAGUCUGCAAUUAAUGGUAAUUGGCUUGGAGCUUGGGGCUUAGAAAAACAUUUUUGGAACUUAUUAGUGUUUAAGAAGGUUCAAGCAAUUCUGGGCGGCCGUAUCCGUUUUAUCCUGUCAGGAGGAGCUCCUCUCUCUGGAGAUACUCAGAGAUUUAUCAACAUAUGCCUUGGUGCUCCAAUAGGCCAAGGUUAUGGUCUUACCGAGACCUGUGCUGGUGGAACAUUCAGUGAUUAUGAUGAUACUUCUGUUGGACGUGUCGGUCCUCCACUCCCCUGCUCAUACAUCAAGGUAAAGUAGACUGAGCAGAGUCAAAGCUUCACAUUCCUCUAUGUCCGUGUAUCAUACUAUGGUCAUUGGCUUCAUUCGUUUGUGCAAGUAGGAGAGAAUUACCCCAUUUUCCGGUCAAGAAUUAUGCAUUUCAAAUUUUUAGAAAGCAUUGCAGUAAUCUUAUUACUUACAUCUCUCGCAUUUAUCUGUUAAAUCCUGUUGUUUGCAUUUUAUCUUUUAUGUAAUGCUCUUGUU